AUGGCGACCGCGACGCGUCCCCGCGUCGCGACGCGCGGCCGCGCGGCCGUCGCGGCGGCGCGGCCCGCGGCGACGGCCGCCCGCGGCGUCGGCGUCGUCGGAAGCGCGGCGUCUUCUUCGUCUUCGACGUCCUCCUCGCGCGUCGCCGUCCGCCGCGCCGCGGCGCCGUCGCUCCUCUCCUCGCGCCGCGCGUCCUCGCGCGGGUCCGCCCUCGUCCCGACCGCGAUCGCGUCCCCCCCCGCGUCCUCCCCCGCGACGGAAGACGCCGCGGGCGAGCCGUCGUCGUACGAUUGGCACAACCAGUGGUACCCCGUCGCGUUCGUCGCCGACCUCGUCGACGACGCGCCGUUCACGUUCACGCUCCUCGGCGAGCCCCUCGUGUUCUGGAAGGACAAGACGACGACGACGAACAGCGCGAGCGGCGGCGGGACCUAUCGAUGCACCGCGGACAAGUGCCCGCAUCGCCUCGUCCCUCUGUCCGAAGGGAGGGUCAACGACGCGGGCGAGAUUGAGUGCGGGUACCACGGCUGGACGUUCGACGGCGCCUCCGGGAAGUGCACGUCCAUCCCGCAGCUCCCGGCGACGGGGAACGCGAUCGACACCGCGCUCGCGUCACCGCGGUCGUGCGUGACGCCGUACCCGACCGCGGUCGCGCAGGGGAUGCUGUUCGUGCUCCCGGUCAGCGCGUUGAAGUCGGACCCGGCGUCGCGGCCGCCGGUGCCCGUGAUUCCCGAGAUCGACGACCCGGGUGCGUCCCACUGCGUGGUGCAGGACAUCUCGCGCGACCUCCCGAUGGAUUACGCGACGCUGUUAGAGAACGUGAUGGACAUCUCGCACGUGCCGUUCACGCACCACGGCAGCGUCGGUCGACGCGAGAACGCGACGCCGGUCGUCGCGGAGCUCACGACGGAGCUCGCGGACGGCGGGUUCGAAGGGAUCUGGAAAGAGGGUCCGAGGAACGGCAAGUACGGGUCUCAGUACACGCACUUCCAAGCGCCCGCGCUGAUGCGCCACACGCUGCGGACGGACCAGUUCACGACGCUGACGGUCGUGUACGCGGUGCCGACGACCCCGGGAAGGUGCCGUCUCAUGGCGCGGUUCCCGUUCAUAUUCAAAGCCGCGCCGCCGAGGUUUUUCUUCAAGCUCGUCCCGAGGUGGUGGUCGCACCUGAACCAAAACUCCAUCCUCGAGGACGAUCAGAUCUUCCUUCACAAGCAGGAGCGCUUGAUCGAGAUCGAAAAGAACGUCAGAGGGAAAGCUUACGCGCAGGCGUGCUACAUGCCGUCGCAGGCGGACACGUACGUCGGCGCUUUCCGCCGAUGGAUCGUCGACAACGCGGGCGGGUCGCCGGCGUGGCCGAAAGGGAUGAAGGACGCGCUGCCGCCGCAGCUGACGACCAAAGAGCAGAUCCUCGACCGCUUCCACUCGCACACCGAGCACUGCAAGUCGUGCGCGGUCGCGCUGUCGAACCUGACGAAGAUUCGCAAGGCGCUGCGGGUGGUCGCGUUGGUCGCGCUCGCGGCGGCGGCGGGGACGUUCGCGCGCGCGGCGCCGCCGAAGGUGUGGAUCGGAUUGUCCGCGAUCGCCGCCAUCGCGGCGGGGAUUCGCGAAUGGAUGGGAGGGCUCGUGGGGAAGAUGAAGGUGGGGCCGUAUCCGCCGCCGAGGAGGCCGCCGAGUCUGAUGGAGGCCGCGCUCGAGUCCGCGAGGAUCGGGUUGAUCUAG